AUUCUCAGGAAAGAAACAGGAUAACGGAGCUUGUUUGGAAGGAGGAGAGUUUGUGUGUUCUGGGAGGGAGGCGUCACUCAUUCCUCCCCAAGGGUCAGUGAGCUCCGCUUCCUAGAGAGGCAGGAAAUUUUGGAGGGGGGAGCCAAGGUUGGAGGGGGGGUCGUCAUCCAUAUUCCCAGAAGAGGAGGAGGUCUGAAGAGCAGGAGGAGGGGAAAAAAGAAACCAAGUAGGAUUUUCUCUCUCCGCCCCACCCACCCCAGUCGGAAAAAAAAUGGAGAAGGCAGUUAAAAUUCUGGUGGGCCAUGUCCAAUAGGAAAAACAAAGAAACCAUACAUAGAGUGUGAAAAGAGAGAGGAUAAACAAUCUGAAACUAUGGAGUGUGGAAAGAGCUUCACUGAGAGUGGAAAACUUAGAAUUCAUCAACGGACUCACAUGGGGGAGAAACCAUUUCAAUGCAUGGAUUGUGGAAAGAGCUUCAGUCGGAGUGGACACUUUAGAAACCAUCAACGGAUUCACACGGGGGAGAAACAAUUUCAAUGCAUGGAGUGUGGAAAGAGCUUCAGUCAUAGUGGAUACCUUAGAAGUCAUCAACAGAGUCACAUGGGAGAGAAACCAUUUAAAUGCAUGCAGUGUGGAAAGAGCUUCAGUCACAGUGGACAGCUUACAAUUCAUCAACGGACUCACACGGGGGAGAAACCAUUUCAAUGCAUGGAUUGUGGAAAGAGCUUCAGUCAGAGUGGACAGCUUAAAAACCAUCAACGGAUUCACACAGGGGAGAAACCAUUUCAAUGCAUGGAGUGUGGAAAGAGCUUCAGCCACAGUGGAAACCUUAGAAUCCAUCAACGGAAUCACACAGGGGAGAAGCCAUUUAAAUGCAUGGAGUGUGGACAGAGCUUCAGUCACAGUGGACACCUUAGAAUUCAUCAACGGAGUCACACGGGGGAGAAACCAUUUCAAUGCAUGGAAUGUGGAAAGUGCUUCAGUCAGAGUGGGAAACUGAAUUCACAUCAUCGAACUCACACAGGAGAGAAACCAUUUAAAUGUAUGGAGUGUGGAAAGAGCUUCAGUAAGAGUGGACACCUUAGAAACCAUCAACGGAUUCACACGGGGGAGAAACCAUUUAAAUGCAUGGAGUGUGGAAAGAGCUUCAGUCAGAGUGGACACCUUAGAAGACAUCAACGGAGUCACAUGGGGGAGAAACCAUUUAAAUGCAUGGAGUGUGGAGAGAGCUUCAGUCGGAGUGGAUACUUUAGAAUCCAUCAAGGGAUUCACACAGGAGAGAAACCUUUUGAAUGCAUGGAGUGUGGAAAGAGCUUCAGUCGGAGUGGACACCUUAGAAUUCAUCAACGGAGUCACAUGGGGGAGAAACCAUUUCAGUGCAUCGAGUGUGGAAAGAGCUUCAGUCAGAGUGGAAACCUUAGAAUUCAUCAACGGAGUCACACAGGGGAGAAACCAUUUAAAUGCAUGGAAUGUGGAAAGUGCUUCACUAACAAUGGAGAACUUAGAAAACAUCAACGGAGUCAUACGGGAGAAAAACCGUUUAAAUGCAUGGAGUGUGGAAAGCGUUUCAGUCUGAGUGGAAACUUUAGAAAACACCAACGGACUCACACGGGGGAGAAACCAUUUCAAUGCAUGGAGUGUGGAAUGAGCUUCAGUCAGAGUGGACAGCUUAGAAUUCAUCAACGGAGUCACACGGGGGAGAAACCAUUUCAAUGCAUGGAGUGUGGAAUGAGCUUCAGUCAGAGUGGACAGCUUAGAAUUCAUCAACUGAGUCACACGGGGGAGAAACCCUUUAAAUGUAUGGAGUGUGGAAAGAGCUUCACCGAUAGUGGAAGAUUUAGAAGACAUACAAAAACUCACACAGGAGAGAAACCAUUUAAAUGCAUAGAGUGUGGAAAGUGCUUCAGUAGGAGUGAGAAACUGAAUUUACAUAAUCGAACACACACAGGAGAGAAACCAUUUAAAUGCAUGGAGUGUGGAAUGAGCUUCAGUCACAGUGGAAAUCUUAGAAUACACCAACGGACUCACACUGGGGAGAAACCAUUUAAAUGCAUGGAGUGUGGAAAGAGCUUCAGUCAGAGUGGAAACCUUAGAAAACACCAACGGACUCAUACAGGGGAGAAAUCAUAUAAGUCCUAGGGAAGUGGACAGAGGUUCUGUUGAAGUAGAAGUCAUACAAACCAUCAAAAGACUCUGAGGGGAAAGAGCUGUCAGAGUAGAAACUCUGCAAGCCAUCAAUUAACUCAAAGAAGAGAAAUUGUUUAAAUAGGAGGAGUGUGGAUUCUGCUUUGGUUAUUAUGGAACGCUUUUUAGAGUGUAGAACCUGUUUUUCCCCAAGUUGACAAUUUCUCUCACAUCAAUAACAGAAAAUCAAUCUUUUUUUAAAUAAACAUUUUAUUAGAUUUUCCAAUUUAAAUAUCUAAUCCAUUUCCAAACUAUACAAGUUAUACAAAUAUCAACUGAACAAUUAAUCCAAAUCUCUUGCCAAAUUAUACAAAUUUAAAAUUGACUUCCCAUGCUUCAGACUCAGAAAGUCUCCUUCUCUGAUUGUCUCUGCUUUCUUAUUUAACAAAAUCCAGAUCUUAUCCAAUAGUCCAUUAAAAUUCUUCUUUCAAGCCCCUGAGGUUUUUCAAGCAAGCAAGUUUAACCCAGGAAAUCAAUCUUAAAUGCAUGCAGCGUAUGUGAGCUUCUGUUGUUUGUAUGUAACAUUGUCUAGACAUGUAUUUAAAGUAAUGAAGGUAACAUUUCACAAUAGUAAGCAUAAUAUAAUAUUUAAUGUAUUGUUAGAUAGGGAGGGGGAGUGUGUGAGUCUGGAGUGUUGCUUCUGAAUGAGGAUGGACUCAGAGUGAGCUGGUUUUGGUGUUUGGUGGAGCGAGUUGGAAAUGUUUGUAUCUGGGAAUGGAGAGUUGCACAAAGUGGAGCUGAGAUUUAUUUGGAAGCAGAGUUAGAUUAAUAUUAUAGGAACAGCAGCAUAACUCCCACUGUUAUAAUUGCAAUAAUGGAACCAUGAAGACACAGAAAGACUGAAAGUACCUACUUAUAGGCCGAAGGUAAUCUUGAAACCCUCAUCUAUUCUUUUGAUUUAUAGAUAUAUUGUGUAUAGAUAUGUUUGGUGGCAGGAGAAAUAAAAGGGGUGUUUAGUGGCAUAAACAGGAAAGGCUCUGUUCCCAGCUGCACGUCUUGCAUGAGGAGGGAAGGGGGCACAGGGAAGAAGCAGCUGUACCAGAGCAUCUCAAAGCAAUGUUCUGGGGGGGGGUGGCACAGUGGUUCAAGUAUGUGUAGAAUGCUGUCCCCAAAAUGACACAGGGGAGAAACAAUAUGUUUGAGUAUAAUGUGGAAGGAGGUUCAGGCUGGUCCCAAACCGAGAGUGUUAAGGGUCAACUUUCUUCAAAUCCACCAGCUGCCCCAAGGCAGGAGCCACUUCUGGGCCCUGAGGGUGGAAAGCCUCCCUCCACCUUUGAAACUGGACAUGCUCCUAGGAAGACCUCUAGCCUAGUUCUUUAUUUCAAUAUUCUUAAUUAUCUGAACAACCUUGAAAGACCAGAUGGGUGUCUCCGACAGAGACAAAAACUAAAUGUUCUGCAGCUAGA